GCUCCACGCGACAGUUAGCAAGCGUCCGGUUCCCUCUCUGGCCUGUGUCCCCUUCCAUUGGAAUGCGACGAGAUCCCUUGCCUCCCUCGGAGCUAAAAUUUCCACUGCGAUCCCGAUCCCCUUUCUUCCCCAUGGCUUCUUGGCUCGAGAUCGUCGAAGGUUUUCGAAACGUCGUAGCGAUCACGUGGCUUUUGAGGCAUGGGGCUGGGCAGAUGAAGGAUGCCUGAGCUCCGUAGCAGAGUGCGCAGGGGCCGGGCGCAGGCGACCCCAGCAGUCCAGGCUGAGCGACCGAAUGAGAGGAGGCGGCGGGCGGCGAGGAACCAGCAGCCGGUGGAUGAGAACCCGCCAGUGGCGAGGUCUGCCGAGCCGCAGGAGGAGAUCAGGCUUGCGGAGGGUGGCGGCGAGGUCGGGGGGGUUGUCGGGGAGGUGAAUCUUGAAGGGAUCGGCGAGAGAAGGAUGGAUGAAUAUGAUAGUGGGGCGAGGAGCGCCGACAAACUUCUCCCCCGUGGCGAGGACGAGGGGAGCGCCGCUCCCCUUCCGGUAAAGGUCCAGGUUGGCAGUUCACCAGUAUACAAAAUUGAAAGAAAACUAGGGAAAGGAGGAUUUGGGCAAGUUUAUGUAGGUCGCCGUGUUUCAGCUACUAAUGCAAAUGAUAGAAUUACUGGUUCUGGUGCUGUAGAGGUAGCAUUAAAAUUUGAGCAUAGGAGCAGUAAAGGCUGCAACUAUGGGCCCCCUUAUGAAUGGCAAGUGUACAACACACUUGGUGGUAUUCAUGGGGUACCACGAGUUCACUAUAAGGGUCGCCAAGGGGAUUAUUAUAUCAUGGUUAUGGAUAUGCUGGGGCCUAGUCUAUGGGAUGUAUGGAAUAGCAAUUCACAUUCAAUGUCAGUUGAAAUGGUUGCAUGUAUUGGCACUGAAGCGAUUUCUAUACUGGAGAAGAUGCAUUCUAAAGGAUACGUACAUGGGGAUGUAAAGCCUGAGAAUUUCUUACUUGGGCCACCUGGGACUCUUGAGGAGAAGAAACUGUUUCUUGUUGAUCUUGGUUUAGCCACCAAGUGGAAGGAUAGUGCGACAGGGCUGCAUGUGGAAUAUGAUCAGAGGCCAGACGUUUUCAGAGGGACAGUUCGCUAUGCCAGUGCUCAUGCUCACCUAGGAAGGACAGCAAGCAGGAGAGAUGAUUUAGAAUCCCUGGCAUAUACAUUAAUCUUUCUUCUCCGAGGUCGUCUACCUUGGCAAGGAUACCAGGGAGAGAACAAGGGCUUCCUUGUGUGCAAGAAGAAGAUGGCUACAUCUCCAGAGACUCUGUGUUGCUUCUCUCCCCAGCCAUUCAAACAGUUUGUUGAGUACGUGGUCAACUUGAAGUUUGAUGAAAAACCUGACUACGCAAAAUGCAUUUCCCUUUUUGACGACAUAGUAGGACCUAAUCCAGAUAUCAGACCCAUUAACACUGAUGGAGCUCAAAAGCUUAUAUACCAGGUAGGUCAAAAGAGAGGUCGUCUGAUGAUGGAAGAAGAGGGUGAUGAACAACCAAAGAAGAAGAUCAGAAUGGGAAUGCCUGCAACACAGUGGAUCAGCGUCUAUAAUGCUCGGAGACCUAUGAAGCAAAGGUACCAUUACAAUGUUGCCGAUGUAAGGCUUGCACAGCAUAUUGAGAAAGGGAAUGAAGAUAGUUUAUUCAUUAGUUGUGUUGCAUCUUGUUCAAAUCUUUGGGCACUUAUCAUGGACGCAGGCACUGGUUUCACUUCUCAAGUUUAUGAAAUGUCUCCAAAUUUUCUUCACAAAGAAUGGAUAAUGGAACAGUGGGAUAAGAACUAUUAUAUUACUGCAUUAGCAGGGACAAACAGUGGUAGCUCUUUAGUCGUAAUGUCUAAAGGCACACAGUAUGUACAACAGUCUUAUAAAGUUAGCGAGUCAUUUCCUUUCAAGUGGAUAAACAAAAAAUGGCGUGAAGGUUUCUAUGUCACCACAAUGGCAACUGCUGGAAGUAGAUGGGGAGUUGUCAUGUCCCGAAAUGCUGGCUUCUUGGAUCAGGUUGUCGAACUUGACUUUUUGUACCCUAGUGAAGGCAUUCAUCGAAGGUGGGAUGGCGGUUUUCGCAUAACUGCUACUGCUGCAACAUUGGACCAAGCUGCCUUUGUUCUUAGUGUACCCAGAAGAAAGCCUGCAGAUGAGACACAAGAGACACUUAGAACAUCUGCUUUUCCUAGUCAACAUGCGAAGGAGAAAUGGGCAAAAAAUCUUUACAUAGCCUCUGUCUGUUAUGGCCGCACAGUUUCAUGAUGUUCCACUUUCUAUUUUGGGUUGGACAGGCGUAAUUGGCUCGAGUAAACAUUACAUCAUGCUGUUUCUUAAAGGCUAGGAAGAUGUUGAAGAUGCAGAAGGCGUCUUCUAAUGUGUUUAGGCUAGAGAAUUUGAGGUGCGAGCUUCAUUCAAGAUUGUCAUCUUAAUAUUGGCCACAUCUAACAUGUGGUGCAGUAUAGAUGCCAAGUCCUUUGAUGCCUUGCAUGAUCUGUUGCAAUUAGAGCUGAUUUGAUGUAGUUAGCGUUAGGUUUGUACAGUCAAUAAACGGCUACCUGUAGGUAAUUUUCAGGGGAGUUAAAAUGUCUAUCAGAUGUAAUUUUGCACUUAACUGAUGGCAUUGUUCCUCCAUUUUGUCUAAUUAACUGUAUCAUCUAUAAUCAGGAGCAUCUAUUUAAACUGCUACAAUUUGUUCUCUAUUUGUUCAA